GCGCACAUGGUCCUUCCAGUGCUCUCUUCGGCGUCAACAUGGCGGCAUCCAUGGCAUCCCAGACUGUAGCGAGAGGACUACGUGGAGCAAGCGCCAAGCACUUGUUUCUUGACAAAUUCAAGUGUGCACGGGUGAGUUCCAGGCGAUGGCUGAACCUGCAGGAGUACCAGAGCAAGAAGCUGAUGCAGGAGAGUGGGGUGACAGUCCAGCGCUUCUACGUGGCUGACAAUGCACCCAACGCCCUUCAGGCCGCCAAGAGACUCAAUGCCAAGGAGAUAGUCCUGAAGGCCCAGAUUCUGGCUGGGGGACGAGGGAAGGGCGUGUUUGAAAGUGGCCUUAAAGGUGGAGUGCACUUAACUAAAGACCCCUCGGUGGUGGGUGAGCUGGCCAAUAAGAUGCUAGGCUAUAGCCUGACCACCAAGCAGACUCCAAAGGAGGGAGUGAAAGUAAAAACGGUGAUGGUGGCUGAAGCCCUGGACAUCACCAGGGAAACCUACUUUGCCAUCCUGAUGGACCGGGCCUGCAACGGGCCUGUCAUGGUGGGCAGUCCUCAGGGUGGGAUGGACAUAGAGGAGGUGGCUGACAAAACCCCAGAGCUCAUAUUUAAGGAAGUCAUUGAUAUUUUCGAGGGGGUGCGAGACGACCAGGCGCUCCGCAUGGCAGCUAAUUUGGGUUUCAAAGGACCUCUGGAGAGACAGGCAGCAAAUCAGAUUAAGAGGCUCUAUGAUCUGUUCCUGAAAGUCGACGCCACUCAAGUUGAAGUCAAUCCUUUCGGUGAGACUCCCGAAGGACAAGUGGUGUGCUUUGAUGCCAAGAUCAACUUUGACGAUAACGCUGAGUUCCGUCAGAAAGCCGUCUUUGCCAUGGACGACAUGUCAGAGAGCGAUCCAACAGAGACCGAGGCAGCCAAAUGGGACCUCAAGUACAUCGGCUUGGAUGGAAACAUCGCCUGCUUUGUGAAUGGGGCUGGUCUGGCUAUGGCCACGUGUGACAUCAUCGACCUCCAUGGAGGGAAGCCGGCCAACUUCCUGGACCUAGGAGGAGGGGUGAAGGAGAAGCAGGUGUACGAGGCAUUCAAACUGCUCACUGCUGACCCGAAGGUGGAAGCCAUCCUGGUGAACAUCUUCGGGGGCAUUGUCAACUGUGCCGUCAUUGCCAACGGCAUCACCAAGGCUUGCCGUGAGCUGGAGCUCAAAGUGCCUCUGGUUGUCAGGCUGGAAGGGACCAAUGUGCAGGAGGCCAAGAGGAUCCUGUCAGAGAGUGGACUGCCCAUUGUAGCCGCCAAUGACCUGGAAGACGCUGCCAAGAAAGCUGUGGCCGCCAUUGCCAAGAAGUAGAGGCCCUCAAGCCUUCCAUAACCCUGACCAGCCCUUUCGUUCUGAGCACCCUGUUCCCCCCCCCUCACUCCACCCAAACCAACCAUGCUGGCUCUGAACCCCCUGUCCUGUUCCACAGCACAGGGCAUGUACACUAACCCUUCAGCCCUAUCCCACCUUUCACCUUCCUGUCUUAUCAUGAAUAACUGCAAUAUUUAUAUUGGAAAUGACUUGACUCCUGACUCCUUAAUUGUGCAUUCCAUUUUGAUAGGCUGAGAAAUGUAACUGUGUUUCUCUAGCAAUAUGGUUACCUUUUCAUAGAAUCAAGCAUAAAAUGGUAUUAUUGUUUUAUCAAACCAUAUAACACAAAAUGAAUGACAUGGACUUAAUAAACUAAAUGACAGGUUCCAGACUGGAUUUUCAUAUGCCAUUACCAUCACUGUGAAAUCAUUAGAAAAAUAUCACCUUAUUCAGGAAAUGCUCGGUGGUGUGUAGCUAACGUGAUACACCUGGAGUAUUAGAGAGCAGGGUUUGAUGUAUGUUGUUUUGUUUUGUGUUAUCUUUGUGUUGUAGUAGGUGACCUCACGGGUUUGCCUUGGUUGAAGUCCAGGUUAUUGAUGCCUUAAUCAGAGCUCCUUAGUAUGUGAAAUCGCAACACAAGGGUCACUCUAAAUCUCAUACAUGAUGAGUAUUAUGUUUGAAACAACUUCUAUAAAUGUUAUUGUGCUGUUAAUUUUGUCAUUCAAAGUAUGAUUUUAAAGUGCUACUUUGAUCUACACUGAGUAUAAAAAACAUUAGGAAUC